GUGAUCGUGAUCGGUGGCUUGGAUAUCGCGCGAGCGAUCGCAAGCGUUCAGGCGGUGAUCGAGCGCGAGAUGGCGUCGAGGGACGAGCUGACUCGACGAACGAGCGCCACGUUGGACAUUGGUCCUCGAGCGCGCGAGAGGGACGCGCAAGAACACCCGCUGGUGAGUCAUCCGGGGGCGAUGCUGCAGAGUCUUUCGGUUCGUUCGAGUGAUGACACGCGCGUGAGAGGGAAUGAGGCGCGAGGAGGGCAGAAGAGUGCGCUCGCGGCGAAGACGGACGCGUCUUCGGAGCGAAGGCACGUGUCGCCGGACAGCGCGCUCGAGACGACGGGGACGUUUGGGUCGUUUGAGAGUGAGGAUGGAAGCUUGGAAGAUGACGAUAACCGAAUGGAUGCGGCGAAUAAUAAACGCGUGGAAAGCAUGACGGAUUUCAUGAAUAGCGCGCGAGAGUCUCAGACGAGCGCGCAAACGAUGGCGAGCGCGGAUUUGACGAGGAGCGGGUCAAGGCAACAAAUCGAUCGGUUGCUCGACGAAGCGAUGUCGAUGUUUCAUCGCGACGGACCUUUGGUCAAUCCACUUGAACGCUGUGCGAGUACGAGCUCGAUGGAGAUGCGUAUGCGAUUCGUGUGCGAAGCCAAGGGCUUCGACUAUGGGUUGUUUUGGGAGUUUGACGAAGACAAGAAGUCGCUCACGUGCGUGUCUCGAGUGUGCAUACCAGACGCGAGCGGGAUAAGUUUAUUCGUGGACACGUCAUUCACGAUGUUUAAGCGCUUCAGUAUGGGUUUUGGGAUGCCAGGAAGGAUUGGCUACACCGGAAACUACGAGUGGCACGAAGACAUUCGCCAGUUGCCGGCGUGGAGCUUCCAACGCAAGCGUCAAGCCGAGCAAGCCAACAUUCGAACCGUCAUCGGUGUCCCAUUGGACGAUGGCAUCGUCGAGUUUGGUACACGAUCCGUCGCUGAUCAUAAUGUCACCAGCGUGCAGUACAUCCAAAAGCUUUGCCAAGUGUCCAAGAAGUGA